AUGAAAGGCAAUUUCAGUGCUAACAAGAAGAAGGACUUUGCCAACGGCAAGAAACUUCCCACAGGCGUCAAUAAUACUACAUUCUCUGAAUCCCCCGAAGUUACCAAAUCCUUCAAUGAUAGAUUCAAUUAUUUACUUACCAACGGUAUCGGUUCUAACGUCACCGUCACAGUGAACUCGGGAAUGCAAUAUGAAGGUAUCCUUAGCGCUUGCAAUUUGGAAUCCCCCAAUGGAAUUGACGUCGUCUUGCAAUAUCCUAAGAUUAUCCACGCUGCUGAUCAUGAUGAUGUCGACGCAUUGCGUGCUGCCUUGAAGAAGACUCUAUUGAUUAAUGGCGAUGAUGUCGCUGAAUUGGAAUUAAAGAACGUUGAUCUCACUCUAGAUGAGAAAUACGAGACAGAAUCGCCAAUUGAAAAGGAUUCAGUCGUGGAAGAAACUGUACCAACUACAAAUGCACCACAAGCAGCUGCUACAUCCGCAACUAAGUUUAAAACUGACGUUGAUAUUUCACGCAGAGAAUUUAAAGAACGUGAAUUACAAAGAUGGACCCCGGAUGGCGAUACUGCCGCCUUUGAUUCAUCAUCUGCUCAAACUUUAGAAGAAUCUUCGAGCACUUGGGAUCAAUUUGCUGUUAAUGAAAAAAAAUUUGGUGUGAAAUCCACUUUUGAUGAGCAUUUCUACACUACAAAGAUUAAUAAGAAUGAUCCCCAAUAUCAGCAAAGAUUAAAGGAAGCUGAUAAGAUUGCUAAAGAAAUUGAAAGCCAAAAUACCUUUGGGAACGUUCAUUUAGCUGAAGAUAGAGGGGUUAUCAUUGAUGAUUCAGGAAUGGAUGAGGAAGAUUUGUAUUCAGGUGUUGACAGAAGAGGUGAUGAAUUGUUAGCCUCUUUGAAAACAAACGCUAAACCAGUUACCACUAAGCCAAAUAAGUAUGUCCCUCCAACUUUAAGAACUCAACCACAUCAUAUGGAUCCUGCUAUCAUUUCAUCUACCUCUCAAACAACUAAGACAACCACUACCACUACCACUACUACGUCUCCUUCGAAUGUUACUUCCAAGGCUACUGUAGUUCCUAAACCAACAAAUGGUCCAAUUUCCAAAAGUAAAGAACAACCAAAAGCAGUUGCAGGCGAUAAUCAUAAGGCUUCAUCCAAGAAGGCUGCCCAACUUGAAGAAUUAAGAAAAUUCUCUCAGAAGUUCAAAGUUCCAUACGAUGUACCAAAGGAUAUGAAUGAUAUUUACAGAAGAAGUUCUGAAAGUACUCCAACUCCUGCAGCAAUUGAAUCAACAAAGGGUAAUACCAAGUCAGGAACACCUUCUUCACCAAAUUCCUCAAAAACUGAAACAAAGGCUGCACAAUCUUCUAAGACUGCCGUUCACUCUAAGAAACGUAACCCAGGGUCUUUCUUUGGCCAUAAGAAGCCUACCGCUAAUGUGUCUAAGAAGGACUUAUUUAAGAAAAACUUCAAUAUUUUCCUUAAAUCAAAGGAAUCCUACGAUAAAAAGAAAGAAGAAGCCAAAAAUAAUGAAUCCAGUGAAACUAAGAGUAUGGAACCAUUCUUUAUUGAAAAACCGUAUUUUACAGCUCCAACUUGGCCCAAUACCAUCGAAAAAUCCUAUAAAACAUUAUUCCCUGAUCAAAAGAAACUAGUUCAACGUGCGCAAAGAAAAAUGCAACAACGUCAAAUGAAUCCAAUGUCUAUGGGUCCAUCUCUUGCUAAUCCACACAUGGGCGUUAGUAUGGGUGGAAUGAUGGGAUUCCCCAUGGGUCCCACACCAACCAGUCCAAACCAAAUGAUGAAUGCCAGUUUCGCUAACUCAAUGGGGAUGUAUAUGCCAUUCCAACCUCAACCAAUGUUCUAUCCUGGCAUGCCACCGAUGAUGACACCAGGUGCGACGGGCACCGGUGCUGUAAGUAAAGAAGGUUUAGAUUCAGGUUCAAGCCCUUCACCACAGGCUGCUUCCCCUCAUAUACCACCCGCUUAUAUGGCAGGUGCUCCUGGUAACCAAGCCAUGGGUGGAUUUGGAUAUCCUGGAGCCAUGCCAUUCCAAGGCAUGAUGGGAGGUAACGUUGCCCCAAACGGUAUGCCAAGACAAAAUUACCAUCAAGGUCACGGCCAUCACAAUCACCACAACCCUAAUAAUCAUCGUAACCGUCAUAAUAACAACAAUAACAAUGGUAAUGCUAAGAACCAGACAGAAAAUCAAUGA